AACUGAACAACAAGUAUGUUGGGCUCGUUCGUUCUGCUGUGGAUAUGCAUCUGCCUCCUCUUUCUCUUGAAGGUUAAUAGACCCCCAAACUUUCCUCCUGGUCCACAACCCAUUCCAAUAUUUGGGAAUCUGCUGCAUCUGAGCUUGGGGAAUCCUAUGAAAGACCUGGAGAAGUUGGCGAAGCGCUAUGGGAAUGUUUUCAGUCUUUAUAUUGGUGGAAGGCCAGCUGUGAUUCUCAAUGGGCUUGAAUCUAUGAAGGAGGCCCUGGUUACCAGGGCUGCAGAUUUUGCAGGAAGACCCCAAGACCUUAGUAUCAACCAUGUCACAGAAGGAAAGGGUAAUAUUAUCAAAAAUACAUGUCAUUCUUGUGACUAUGGCUCCAGCUGGAAAGAGCAUCGUCGCUUCGCCCUAAUGACCCUGAAAAACUUUGGUCUGGGGAAGCAGUCCAUGGAGGAGAGGAUUCUGGGGGAGAUAUCACACCUCAUUGCACCCUUGGCGAAAACGUUGGGGAAAAUCCAUGAACCCACAGGUCUCUUCCACAAUGCUGCAUCCAAUAUCAUCUGCCUUGUCCUCUUUGGGUCGCGUUAUGAUUAUAACGAUGAGUUUCUUAAGACCUUCGUGAGGCUCUACACUGAGAACGCAAAGAUCGCCAAUGGACCCUGGGCUAUGCUUUACGACACAUUGCCCAUGCUCCGACACCUUCCCUUGCCAUUCCAGAAGGCCUUUCAAAAUGCAAUUUGUUGCAGACAGAUGUCUCUUGGACUCGUCACUCAGCAUAAGGAAACCAGGAUUCCUGGGGCGCCAAGGGACUUCAUUGACUCCUACCUGGAUGAACUAGACAAAAGAGGAGAUGAUGGAUCUUCUUUUUCAGAGGCCCAACUCAUAAUGUACGUCCUGGACUUGCACUUUGCUGGAACAGACACCACCUCCAACACACUGCUCACUGCUUUCCUCUACCUCAUGACCCAUCCAGAGAUUCAGGAGAGGUGUCAGCAGGAAAUUGACCGGGUACUGGAGGGGAAAGAACACGCAUCUUUUGAGGACAGGCACAGGAUGCCUUACACUCAGGCAGUGACCCACGAGAGUCAGCGCAUCGCCAGUACUGUCCCCCUCAGUGUGUUUCAUAGCACCACCAGAGACACUGAGGUGAUGGGCUACAGUAUCCCAAAGGGCACUUUGAUCAUUCCAAACCUUACCUCUGUGCUGUCUGAAGAGGGUCAGUGGAAGUUCCCCCAUGAGUUCAACCCCUUGAACUUCCUGAACGAGCUGGGCGAGUUUGAGAAGCCCGAGGCCUUUAUGCCGUUCUCUGCAGGGCCCCGAAUGUGUCUUGGAGAAGGACUCGCUCGCAUGGAGCUCUUCCUGAUCAUGGUCACUCUGCUGCGACGCUUCAAGUUUGUCUGGCCUGAGGAUGCGGGGGAACCUGACUACACCCCUGUGUUUGGUGUAACCCUGUCCCCCAAACCCUACAGACUGGGUGUUAGACUGAGAGGGAACUAGUUAGGAGGAAGCUAUUCUAGACAGAGAUCAAAUAGAAUUGGUAUAAUAUGUAAUAUUAUAAUUAUUCUACUUAAUUCAACUAUCUAUAUGUAUUUGUGCUUAACACAUUUUUGUUUUUCAUUUGUCACAUUUUGCUUAUUUGAAUAUGUAAUAAAGGACUCAUUACACACACCA